AUGCACAUCCUAGACGAGCACGGGGAGCCGAAGGAGGGCGCCGGCGGCACCGCGUACAUCUUCAACGGCGAUUUCGUCGACAGGGGCAUCUGGGGCCCGGAGGUGCUGCUCUGCCUGUACUGCCUGAAGCUGCGGUUCCCGAGCGCCGUGCACCUGAACCGCGGGAACCACGAGGACCUCAAGAUGAACGCCCAGCAGGGGAACGGAUUCCGCGACGUGCACUGCUCGCGCGCCUGGAAGCGUGACGCGCCGCAGAUGUACGAGCUCUGCAGGCGCAGCUUCCUGUGCCUGCCGCUGGUGCACGUCGUAGGCGACGAGCUGUGCGUGCUCCACGGCGGGCUGCCCCUCGACCCGGACGUGACGCUCGCGGAGAUCGACAGGAUCAACAG